UUUGCCCAAGUCCUGACACCGUGAAACCUCCGAGAGCUGUCACCUCCUCUCCUGUGGAUUACUCAGCCUGACUUACUCCACAACGACAACUUAUACUGCAAGCACGAAAAGUCACUUCUGCUCUGCCGCCAGACAAGGACGCUUCAGCAACUACCCUCUGCCCCCCCCCCAAGAGUACCUCCACACCCCCCAGGGACCCAGACUCAGCCCACACCAGCGCCUCAGACUUAAACUCAGCAGACAUGGAGGGUCACACGGGGAGGCUGGCUCUGCUCCUCUGCAUCACCACUGCAUUCUCCGCCUCGAGUCAGACAUGUGAUCCGAAAGAGGGUGCCGGCAACCCGUGGUUCCACAUAAGGGAGAUGGUAACUGGCUGCUGGACCAGCUUCGUCACAGAGAACAAGACAGAGGUCCACAUCCUUAACUUUGGCCCCAUGCAUUUGCCGAUGUUCUCUCUGAAUAUGGAGGACGCCAAGCCAAUGGACCUCAUCCUCACGUCGGCCGUCACACUUUACGGUCUAUACAACAUCAACGCUGGCGUCCGCAUUCAUCUGAGUAAUAACUCAUCGAUUGUCCUGCACACUAAUCACCGUAAUGGCACGACGGCUGUCUACAAGCACGACAUGCCCACUCAGGAUGACGAGCUGGUCAAGUGGGCAAGUAAGAAGUUUGGCGGCGUGACUUCCUUCACAACCGUCCGGAACCUGGAAUCCAUCUCAUCAACAGGAACAACAGGAACCAAACCUGGGUCUCGAGAUUGUGUACUUGAAAAUGAAGACACGUCCGAGAAGCACUUCCUGCAGAUUAAAGCCGAAUCUCUUGCUUCCUCGCUCACGUCUUGCUCGCCGCCGCAGCAGCCGAAAAACCAAGUGGAUGGGGCCGAGCUUCACAUCAUCAACAUCCCAGAGAAUACGAGCAUUAGCAAUGUUUUGCUGCGUGUUGACGAAAAGAAGAUCAGGGUGUUCCUCAGGGGACCUCAGGGAACGACGUGGACGGUCCUCAAUGCACAGUACACCCAGUUUGGUUCCAACAAUGACAUCCUGCUGCCCAGCAUCAGAAUCCCGCCCUCGCACACGCUGAACAGCGACAAUGCGAGGGAUGUGCAACGGAAGGCUUUAAAAGUUUUUAAUGUCAGCACUUUCACCAGCUACACUGAGCUCAGACCUGCGAAUUCCACAAUCUUGCUGGUCCUUGUGAACAAAGACGCCCCGGCAGUUGCAGAAUCAACACUAGAACCAAUCAACCCAAUCGCAACCACUGCUCCUCACCAGAUGCCCCUGCUGAUGCAGCUGUACACCUCCCCAGAUUACCGCUCUCCCCUAGACGGAAACACCAGGGUGCAGAGCGACAAGAGAAUUUACGCAGAGAUUUCAGGUCACACUUUUGGGACCAUCGUCUGGACCAUCAAGGUGAUCAGCUGCUUCGUGUACUCUAAGGGUUCGUUCCCUGUAGUAAAAGAACUGCCCUUCAUCCCGGAGUACUGCUCCUCGAAAUCCUGCCCCAACAGCACUCGACUCAGCUUCUCACUGGAUCAGCUCGAAGAGCUGACGUCCACCACGUGGGACCUGGAGUGCUCCGUCAAACUGUGCUACAGUGAGACAUGUGGAGAAGGAGGAAAAGUGAAGGUGGAGGUUACGAAGCCGUGUCUGCAACCACCAACCCCACCGUGCUUUGAUUUCGGUCUACCUGGUGUCCUGGGCAUUGCAUUCGGAGGGUUCCUGAUUGGAGUUUUACUUAUUGGAGCGCUGUGGUUCAUCAAAAUUAAAACAGGAUACCCAGCUGGACUAGACAUGAGCACAACUGCAGCAAGUCUUUCAGUCUUUCUGGCCUCUUUCUUCAGGAUGCCCCUGCUCGGGAGCCAAACGACAACCAGUUUCGAACAACCCUUCCCCCUCUGAGAACAGCAGCGCUAACGCUAGCAUCGGAAGCACCCAAAGCACACCAACCAGCAGCAUGGCAUGAGAUUAUGCUAAUCUGCACCACCAGCAGGGCCGCCGUCUCCCCUCAAAGUCACCUACAUGGGUUUUGUGCUUUUGUUUUCUUCAACAAUGCUUGAGAAGCAUUCAUCCCCUAUCCUACCAUCUCUUUAAAUUCACGUAAAUAAAUAAAAAAAAAAGCACAACCCACAGGGCCGAGGUGACAGAUAAACAGAAGUCUAAUCUGUGCUUUCUGACGCUCACCUCUGUAGCUUCUCUGUCAAGCUCCUGGACAGGAAGUUAAAGAGGGCAAGAGAGAGGAAAAAAGGCUCCGAGCAACAGGAAAAACAAACCACAUCCCCCAAGAGCUAACAGGAAAUUCACCGCAUUCCUUUCAACGAAUUGUGCUUGUGUGACGGCAGCACAAUAAUAGUCAGACAGGAGACAAACCAGUCACAAGAAUUGACUUUGAAAAACAGAUGAAAAGCUGUUUUGUGUUCACAUCUAAGCCACCCCAAAAAAUACAAAGGCCUUUAGUUAGGUCAGUCCAAAAAGUUAUCAACAACACCUCGGGGGACUGAGGAGCUUGACGUGUUCGGAUCUCUCGGCCAAUUAAAUGCUCACUUUUAGGGGUAUUUGUCCUAAUUGGAGUUCGAGGUCCGGAGUUACCAGCUACCUCCUAUUGCUAAGAAGUCCGGGGCUAAGUUUAAACUUACCACUGGAUUUCUCUGGUGAAUUGAAUCUUACUCUCUGCCUUUUUCAUGUUGUCUUUUAUCUGUUUAACUUUGCAGCAGACCCGCUGGGUCAUUUGUAGCUCAAAAACAAAAAGCUAUGGUGCCAUUUUCAUGCUAUGCAAUAGCGGUCUCGGGGGCCUCCAUGUAGAAAUAGUAACCCCAUAGCUUUUUUUGGAAAGCUGGAGGAACAGUCUUGAUUGUCUAAUCACCCAACAAAACCAAUCUAAAAUGUUGUUUAUGGCCAAAAGGCAGAGAUAAACCAUUAGGAAAAAGAGCUUUGAAAUAAUCCCUCAUGUAAUGUGCAGUAUGGAGAUGUAUGGUUGUUUUCAGAGCUGAGUAAUGUGCCCAUGAGGAGGAGUUAGCACAUCGGUUUUCAGGUUUAUAUGUGGACUAAUGCAGCUGCACCCACUGGGUGGAGUUUCCCUAAAAUAGUCUGUCUGGAGGUUGAAUUCCAGUACUUUUCCUCUGCACAUUGUCCGGUCUCGUCAGGAUCAGUCCAUCACCACUUCCUGAUGAUUUGUUGCAACCGUAAAAAAACUCAAGCCUGUGACAACACACAAUACAAAAAUAGAUGCUUUACGUGUUGCGUUUAAGUGUUUUCAGGCCAAUUUAAUCACCAGCCUGAACUGCCCUCUGAGGUGCAGCUGUUUAUGCUACAUAAAGCAUCUCUCUUCUGCUUAUUUAAAAAGGAAAGACUCUGAUAUUAAAUGUGGUAUAAACCGUCCAACCUCCUUGCUCAUGUUCAAUGUCGCUGUGCCACUAAUUGCCGCUAAUGCUCUGCUCUGUCUCGCGAUCGGAGACGAGUCCGCGGAAGGGAAAAAUAAUUUUUAGACCUCUAAUGGACGUUAUCGAUCACCUCGCUUUGACAAACAAGCACACGUUGACACAGGCUGAAGAGUCGCCACCCCGACUCCUGGAAAAAGUAUAGGUACAAACGAAGGGCUGUGAUAUUCUAUGAUUGAUUAUUUAGCAUUUCUUAUGAAUUAGGAGAAUGAAUCUGUGCAAUUAUUUUUUUCUUUCAAUAAAUAAAUUUGCCAUAUUGAGUUUAACCUUCCCCCGCUUUUCUGUAAGCUGUAAGUCCGUCCCCAGCUCUGGAUACAGCUCAUAAGCACUCGAUGGUAUAAUCACAAGCAACAAUAGAAUAAAACUAAAUUUUUUAUGUUCUGUUUGCAACAAUACAUAAGUCAGUAAACAUAACCGCUCUAACCCAAUGACAACUACCUUUGAAAUUCCUGCUUUAUCUUUCAGCUAUACUGAGUUUUUUGUAAUUAUAUGGAAAUAAUUGAGAAAGAUGAGUUUGAUGUAAAAAAUAUCAGCUUUUCUUGCUACAUGUGAUCACUUACAUGCAUGAUAGUAGCGUGAUGGGGGAAUUAGAGUGACCGUUGAUCCGUGAGUCCCACUGUUUCUUCCACUGUGUAAAUGUAUUUUUACAUAUUUUUACUGCCACUCUUAGAAAAUAUUCCCAUCACAUGUCAAACCUCUUGAUUCAGCAGGCAUCCUUUCAAAUACUAUCUACAAUACAAGAGGCACCAGAAUUGUGAUUUAAAAUUUUUCUUUAUAUACAUUUCAUAUACUGAUAUAUAUUUACAUGCCAUUAUAGUUAAUCACCUCCUCUUUUUUUUGAUUGUUUGAAUAAUUUAUUCAUCUUCCAAGCUAACCUUAAAACAUUUCAGUGUUUUCCAGACCAACGACAUUUUAGAAAUGUCCCCUCAUUGUAUGUAUCUGAGCUCUGUAGCUUGCCCCCCCCACCCGUAUGUGCAUGUGUGUACGUUUUCUCCGUACACGGCAGAUUGUCUUGUGUAUCCGCGUAGAGACCGAACAAAGAGGGCCAGUACAAAAUGCCACUUGAGUGUUUGUGCAAUAUGAUGAGGUUAACUUGUAUCUAGUGUCUAUAUGUAGUUUUAAUAAGGUUUUUUGGGGUUUUGUAAGUGUUGUAUGAUACUCCUAUUUUUCUUAACCUGCUUCCCUCGCUUAUGUAUUUGAAGAAGUGGGACAAUCUCUAAAUCAAGGCACUUAUCAAAUGCACAAGAUUUGUUUUGUAUAGUUUUUUCAAAUCCUCAUAUUGAUCUGUGUUUUUUCCCAAUUAUACAGCAGGCAGUGCGUGUCACAGCACAUGUCACAGACAUUACAUGUGGUUUGUUGCUUUUACCCCCUGUUUGACCUGUUAUGGCCUCCCUGUCAGACCCCCCCCCCCCCCCCCGUACCCCAAGAACACAGCGUAUCUCCGGUGAUGCUGACAUCCUGACAUUGUGUUGUGUGCAUCGUGGUAUCCUCAGUGGAAGUAAUGGAGACAGAGAAUUUUGAUUAUUUCACCAUAAAGUAGCAUCGCAGUUAAAUAUCCUGUUGUUGUUUUUUUUACUUUAAGUGAAAAUGCAGCAAGUACAGAUUUUUCCAUUAAAGAUAUAAAAUGCUGCAAAUUAGACCCAUUCUUUAUAUAUUUUUUCCAAAGGUCAGGUAUUCGAGUAGGUAUACAUGAAUAUAAAAUCAGGCUGUCAGUUAAAUCAAAUGUUAAUCCUGCAAAUCCCUUCGUUGCCUCUGACCACGGCUUCCUCCUCAGGCGAUCCACACAGAGUUACUGAAAUAUAUGCGUGUGUGUUUGUGUGCAUGUACAUGGUAUAUGUACCACGUUUCUAUGUGCAUGCUCAAUUGUGUGAGUGUCUGUGUGUAGGUGUACUGUAUGCCAACAUUUCUGUCAGAAUAAUCGUCCCCUAGUCUCUUUUCUAGAUGUUUGAAAUCCAGAAUUUUUACAACAAAAAAAACUAUGAAGCCCACACAAUAAGUCUGAAUGUCUGAUUUGAUUUUAUAAAGUAUAAAAUGCAGCGUUAUUUUUCUGCCAAUGUGCAGCCUUUUACCAUUUAAAAUGGGUCCAAUAUGUGUUGAGAUAGUAUUCAACUGAUGUCAUGUAUUUUUAUAUUGUCUCCGAACCAAAUACUGUAUUCGAUUUGUCUGGAAUAAUCCUAAUAAAGUGAAUAUGACAAACCUUC